AUGCCGACAGGAGUCCCUCUUGGAAACGGGCAGCCUCAGGAGGCGGGCCCUGCAGCCGGGAGUGACAGCCCCCCUAAUAAAAGGAGGUCAGUUCGGGGCCCUGGGGACGGGGGUGGUCCCCAGACUCCCAGAGACCUGGGCUCUUCUGCGGCGGCUCAGGAGAUAGAGGUGGCCUGCCGGGCAAGGCCAGAAGGGACCAGCACCCGCCUGCCAGUCACCCGUGGGCACCUGUGGCCCCACCUGCGGACCUGCUGCUCACCUGGGCAGGCGCCUCUUCCCAGCCUGUCUGCAAAGCCGGCCUCAGAGCGGUCUGUGCAGGCUGCGCCCUCAGCCCUGGCCGCAGCCAUGGCUGUGCAGGUGCCCCUGUGGCACCACUACCUGCAGGCCAUCCGCUCGCGGGGGGCGCCCCGGGCCCGGGACUUCCAGCGCGCCGAGGACGUGCUGCUCUCGGUGCUGGAACAGGUGCGUGCCCUGGACCCCCGCCUCCUCGUGGACUACUCCCGGGGCCUGGAGGCCUUCCGGUUUGCCCUGCGCCCCUCGGAGGUGCCCCAGUGGGUGGGCGCAGAGGGCCUCGUGAUUGAGGAGGUGAGGGCUGCCGCCGGGCGUCCCCGGGGAAGGGCCGGCCUGGAGCGGUGGAUGACAGACGAUGUCUUCAACACCCCGGAGGGCAGCGCCCAGUGCUGUGGCCACAUCGUGCCCAGCGAGGUCCUGCAGGUCCCCAAGGACCUUCUGGUGGCGGCCGUCGUGAACCGCAAGCGCCACGGCCUCUUCACGCCACGCUCUCUGAAUGCGGACAGCCUCAGGGAAGAGCAGCUCGGCCCGUCCCUACUGGUGUCCAGCGGCUGGAGAACGAUCUGCUUCAACGUGGUGCCCAUGGUGCAGAGGAAGCUCAGGGUGCCCGCUCUGGAGGGGGCCCGGCUGGUGCCCGGCUUCCCCGAGGGCGGCCUGGAAAGGAUCAUCCGCCAAGAGGUGGCCCUGGUUCCGGCCAGCUGAGCAUUGUCCAGGAUCUCCACUGACCACCUGCUCACCAGGCUGCUGGCUGUGCUGGGUUCCCUCCAGGGCCAUCACCUGGACGGCCUCUCCAUCCUGGACCGGGUCAACCACGAGAUCUGACGAGAAGGCGGCGAGGGCCCGGGCCUGACCCUCGGCCACCUGAAGGUACGCCUGGUGUGGGGCCCUGUGCUCUUCCCGGCGCCCGAGGGCUGGGCGGAGCUGCAGGGCGCCGUGUACCGCCAGCUCAUGGUGCUGCUCUGCUGUCUGGCCACCAGGAACCUGCCCCACUUCCUCUACCCCGAGCGGAACCUGCUGCAGGACUCCGGCCUGGACCUCAGUGCCCCCUCCCAGCGCGUGGAGCGCUUCGCCGGCCAGCCUGAGGCCUCCCUGCACAUCUGUGUCACCCACCUGGGCCAGCCCCCGCCGCGAAUUGGCAGCGGGGUCAAGGCGCUCCUGCAGCUGCCCGCCAGUGACCCCGCCUACUGGGUCACUGCCUACUUCGACGUCCUGCUGGACAAGUUCCAGGUCUUCAACGUCCAGGAUGAGGACCAGAUCUCGGCCAUGCAGACCAUCUUCCUGAAGACCAAGACCCAGGGUGCCGAGAAUUGCUGAGCUGAGUGCCUGUCUCAGCACCCUCCGUCUGGCUACACUGCCCCAUGGAGGCUCCUGGAACAUUUGGAGACGGGAAUGGGCUUCACCUAGAGUGGGUGGGGGGAGGGCGGAGGGCCUUUGUCCCCUGGGACCACCUGAGCCUGUCCAGGGAAGGCCCUGUGGGAGUCUGGGAGUGCUGGACAGUGGGUCUCCAGAGGUCCUGGGAUGAAGGUGCCACGUACUUCACGGGACGGCUGUUGAUCCAUCCAUAUGAUGUCAUCAAGACUCUGAAAACCAAGAAUCCGCGUGAGACCCGAGCUGGUCCCCACCCGCGUAGUACACUGAUCCGCGUGAUGAAAUCUCGGUGUCUGAUCUUGAGUACAUCAGUGUGCUGCUUGUACACAGUGGAGACGCUACCUACUGCUUUUUGUGUAUCUGCGGGGAGAUUAUUUUUCCUGGAAACAUAAAAGUAGAAAAAGCUUGUAUGCAGACAGGCAGUUCAACCCUCCCCCAUUCUCCGUGAACGACCCCCUGCCCACCCCCGAAUCCUCACCUUCUAGUUCAUGAAGGAGACAACCGCAGCCGCACCACCAGCAGCUGCUGAUGCUGUCACGCGAAGUCAGGCGGCUUCUCCUGGCAUCUGAUGCCAGCCCCUCCAUCUCCUCUCUCUGCCCUACUUCCCACCUGCAUUCUCUCAUCACCUCACUGCAGACAGCCGGCAGCCUCUCACCCUCCACGUGUCCCAGCCAGCAGGCAUUUUCUACUCUUCACUCUCCUUGCCUCUCAGUGACGUUACUCCUCAGAUUCCGAGCCGCAGCCCACGCCCCGGGGUCCUGAGAAGGGCCUGCAGACCCUGAGCGAGUCCGUGUAGCAGCCACUUCCCUGAACCUCCUCCAGA